CUAGGUGACGAAGAAAAGUGAUCGCAGAGGGUGCUGAGCUUUGUGGGCUGAAAGACCUCCCUCAACAUAGACCCUUCAGCCCAGCAGAAAGUUUCAUGAUUAGAAGUGAGCAACAGAACAAGAUGAAGUUCACUCUAUUUGCUGCCUUUCUUUUCUCUAUAGGAUGGAUGAGUGUUGUGGUAGCAGGUGAUGGACGUCCAGUACCCUGCUGUCUUACUGUGUCACGCACCAAUAUACGAGCUGAAUACAUUGUGCGUUAUACUAUGCAAGAUCAACCGCUAUGUCCUAUCAGAGCUGUAAGAUUCCACACCAAGAAAAACAAAGUUAUUUGUUCAGAUCCUAAUAACAACUGGGCUAAGAAUGCGAUGAGGAUAGUGGAUGGGAGAAAGAAAACAAAACCUUCCCAAAACCUUCCCUACCAUGUGCUAUUCAAGUACAACAAACAUUAUCCCAACUGUAAUACAACAAACAAAACACCAGGAACAGAGACGGAGACCAGCACGAGUACACCUGUAACACCAAUAGUGACGACAAUCAAAACAUCUGGUUUUAGUAACUUUCACUCACCUGAAAUGUAG